UCUCUCUUUUCCAGCUCUGUUCCUUCAAAACAGAGUUUUUAAGCAUUAGCAAUAUAGGAGUGAGUAGUAGCAACAUGAUACAGAAGGUGAUUCUUCAUGUGGCGAUUUUCAUUGUUGCUCUUCUGCCAUUAGUUACAGCAACUCAGACGCACACGAAAAAGAUUAUUCACGAAUGCAGUGACCACAAAGUCCUUGAGCCAAGUCCAAAGUUGUUAUUUCAAAUUGUUCUACAUGGAAUUCUCCUCUGGACUUCCAUGGGUUUCUUGAUGCCUAUCGCGAUUCUUGUAAUAAGAAUGUCGAAUAAGGAGCAAAAUGGAAGAAGGCUAAAGAUGAUUGUGUAUACUCAUGCUUUUUUACAGAUACUAUCUGUUCUCCUUGUAGCAGUAGCAACAAUUAUGUCAGUAAUAAACUUUGAGAAUUUUUUCGACAAUACUCACCAGAGACUUGGCUUAGCUCUAUAUGUUGCCAUAUGGCUGCCAUUCAUCGCUGGGAUUUUUCGACCUGACAGGGGAAGCAAAAAUAGGGGUGUAUGGUAUGCAUUUCACUGGCUUAUUGGAGUCACAGUUACUUUACUGGGAAUCGUAAACGUAUAUUUAGGUUUACAAGCAUAUAACACGAAAACAAUGAAAAACACAAGUGUUUGGAACUGGCUUUUCAGUAUUGAGGUUGGUGUUAUCGCGUUCAUCUAUCUGUUCCAAGAAAAAUGGCAAUAUAUAAAGCAAUCAGGAGGGAUUUUAAGCAAUGAAUCAGUACGACCAACGGAUCAAGAAGCAUCUCCAACUCAGAAAAAAGAAAUAUCACCCAUGGCAUAAUCAGAGUCAUGUUAAGACUUCAGACAAACAAAUAAUUUUGCCUUUAGCUAACAUAAAUUUUCUUCUUUUUUUACAGCUAACAUUAGAUUCUUUCCAAUUUUAUUACAAUUUCACAAAACAGAUAUUUAAGAGUUUUGUGUAGUACUAUCAGUGUAGAGCAUCAUACACAGUCAAUUAAACGAAAGAUAUUGUGUCCA